UUUUUUUUUUUUUUUUUUCAUUGUUAAGGACGCGCUGGAAUGUGAUGGUUUGAUUUCAGACGGACCAGGGAGGGAAAUAUCCACACAGCGAAAGGACCGAGGAAAAAAAGGAGGAAGAGGGGAGCAGAUACCCCCCACCCUCAGCUCUCUCUCUCUGGUCUGCUCUGAGGAUUUGUGGGAGAAAGUUGUGGAUUAAACCGCUGCUUGUUUAGUUUUUCUUUUUUCUCCCCCUCUGUCCCGGCGGUGGAGGAGCCACUAAGGUAUUAAAAAAGAGGGGGAAAAAACUCCAGUUUACUUGAAUGUGUUUGGGGUUUGGCCCGGAAAUGUGUUCGGGGAGUCAGACAGCGGCUUCCUGAGUUGGACCGAGCCGGUUGGGACUGCAGAAGUCCGAACUGCGGCAAGUUUUCCAGCCGUCCUCCUUCUCUUCGCCUUUCUGCUCUGCUUUCCAGCCUUGCAGAUGACAGAUUUGUCUGCUAAACACCACUCCGAGGAAACUUUCAAGACUUGAAGAGGCAUCUGGAAGAAUACGAGAAAACAAAUUGCUAAAAGGAAACAGCUUUUAAGGCUUAGAGUCCCUGUCACACAGAUGUGGAACCCUAAACGCUCUGUUGUCAAAUAAUCUGGAUAGCAGAACAAACCCAAGUGAUCCGUUACAUAGAACGUCGCAGCCAUGUCGGAACAUAAAGACAUGACACACCGCCAUUUAAGGCACAAGCUACAGAGUCUCAGCAGAAGACUGGAUGAACUGGAAGAAGCAACCAACAAGCUGCAGAAGUCGGAGGAUGAGCUGCUUGAUCUGCAGGACAAGGUCAUCCAGGCAGAGGGCAGCAACUCAUCGCUUCUCGGUGAUGUGGAGUCCCUGAGGAAGCGUCUCUUGAAGAUCCAAGGGAAAGAUGAAGAGGUACGCAAAGCCGAAGACCUUUGUCGCACAGUUAGAGAGAAACUGGAAGAAGAGGAAAGCCUCACCAAGGAGCUAAAGGCAGAGAUUGAACGCCUGCAGCGGAGGAUGGCUGAACUGGAGAAACUGGAAGAAGCUUUUGCUAAAAGUAAGUCUGAUUGUAGCCAGCUCUGCCUUAGCCUCAAYGAGGAGAAGAACCUGACCAAGAAGCUCUCCUCUGAUUUGGAAACACUCAAAGUGCGUUUGAAGGAAGUGGAGGGUUCUGAGACAAAGCUGGAGAAAGCAGAGCAGGCUUUGGCUAUGGAGCUGGAGAGACUGAAGGGGUUAACUCAGGCCUUUGUCUGUGAGCGCAAGCGACUAAUGGAGAAGCAAAAGGAAGAUGAGAAGACCAUUCUAAAGCUGACGGAAGAAAAAAAGAAAUUGCUUGGUAUGUCGGCAGAUCCUAGUCGUGCUGAUUUCAUGAGUUCAAGAAUCGAGGAUGAGUUAUCGUCUGGAUUUUUCACAAAUAAACUGACUGGAUACAAGAAAAGCAUUGAUCCCUUAAAGCUGACAGACGAMAUCAGCAUUGUCAACAAAUCUCACAAGAAGAAAAACAGUGGUCUUGAGGGCUCGCAGGAGGAAGACAACAAAGUAAAGGAGUUGACGCAGGAAGUAGAGAGGCUGAAGAACCGCCUUAAACAGCUGGAGAUCGUGGAGGAAGAUCUGAAGAACUCGGAGUUCAAAAAUGGCGAACUUCACGAGAAGUUCCAGAGGGAACAAAACCGAGCUCAUCAGCUGAGCGAGCAGUUGGAGCAGCUAAAGACGCAGAUCUGCGGGAAAGCUGGGCUUGGAGGAAAUGGAAUCAGCACUCUGGAUGAACACGGCAAUGGAAGCACCAACAGUCCUAAGUUCUURGAGAACGGUAAAGCUGAGAACGAGGAGGUCGCUGUGAAGGUGGGUUUCAGACAAGAGAAACCUAAAUACAGAAGUGCGGCAACGGCUUCAGAACCGAGUUCCCCCAAGCGCAGUAACAGGGAGCUCUCGCCUCAGCAUAAGAGAGAGACAAAACUGAGGAGCAAAGACCCGAGCUACUCCAAGGUUAGUUCUCCGAGUUCUGUGAGGAGAGCUCUCAGUCCUGCCAUGAAGAGCAAAAGGACACCGAAAGCCCAUACUGCUAUGAUCUCAUCUGAUAACGGAAUACAAGACACAGCACGAGUCACUGAAGAAAAGCUGAGGGGAGCUCCRUACAGCUCAGUAAACUCAACUACUACUGAUGUUAAAAAGUUGUCUGUUCUGAGUCGCUACCCUCCAGCAGCUAACGAUCAGAAGUCUCAAAGCACAGGGCACAAACAGGCUGACGGGGAGAUGAAAAGCAGCAGAGAGAGGUUUUCGAAGCGAUAUGUAGGUAGUGAUAGCGAGUCCAACAACUCUGAUGCAGUGCCUGAAAGCUCCAAUAACAWGAAUAGCGUCUCUGCACUUGAGAAGGUGUCUGUUUCCGCCCUAGAUCAGGACUCUGCAGACCAGGUUCAGGAAUCUGCGUUUGUGGCAUCCACCCUGUCCAAAACCAACGGCUCAUACACAGCCUGCAGAUCUCGCAUCACUCCAGUCCCGCCCACUGAUCAGGGGUCAGACGGUCAUUCCUCUGCUUCGGAAACAGAAUCCAACAGCUCCAGGCCUUCUGAAGUGGAACGUGUAACUGAGACGAGUGCCACUAUAGGCGAUAGGACUGCACCUUCCAGGUAUACGAGGUACUCUCAUUCAGAGGGGUCGUCUUCUAGGAGCUCAUUUGACGAGGAGCUGCACAGUAGGACUCAGUUAUCAGACGUAGGACAACAUACCCCAUCAGCACUUGAGAUCCAGAGGGUGUUCAGCCCAAGAGAGUCUCUGAGGUCGAAAGCUGUUAUUAAGCCCGCCAUUGUGGAGAUCGACAGGAAAGAAGUGAUGAUUUCAGAAUAUUUGUCUACAAAUGGCAAGCCCAAGAUCUCCACCAAGCCAGCGGUCACCACCGCAAGUAAAAUGACCAGUAGUAUAACGAUCUACCCCAACGACCCGAGCUCCUCCAGGACGAGCAGCAGCAGCUUGUCCAGCGAGCCGACGCCGGUCAGAGAACGCCACACAUCUACGAGUAACAUCCUUAUAGGCCCCAGCAGUGACCACCACGGCAGCGUUUCUGUCCCGUAUGAGAUAUCAAUACCCAAGAGUGAGAUCCCCUUGCGUUCGUGCCAAGACCAGGACUGCGGUGCAUACGACCACUACGAUCCCUCGYUGAGGUCCAAACCCCACAACUCUUCCCGGGUGGAGACCACCACCAGUCACGUGUGCUGCCAGCGCAGCAGCUUCAGCCUCCAGUCUGUGGACUCCACCUCCUCAGACUUCAACGACACAGAGUCGGGCUUCGAGAGCAGCGGCAGCAGCAUGACCACGGUCACCAGCUGGAGGAGCCAAAGACAAAACGCGCACUCCCAGGAAGACAGUUUACCAGACAUGAAGAAUGUGACUAUGAGGAGCACGUGGAGGAACAGGCUCACCACGUCGGUGGACGACGCGGGUCAGGAACGAGUUGGUACCAAGGCGCUGACAGACGGUUUGUCUGAAGAUGAAGCUGAAGCUGGUACUACAUGGAGAGCAUAUCGGGCAACUACUUUUGACACCGAGGAGACUGUAAACACUGAAGGUGGGGCUGGUGGGAGCAUGUCGUCRCAGAAAGGAACCAAGGCAUCUCCUGCAGAGGUGUACAUGCGUAAAAUAAACAGUUCAGUCACGAACACCAAGGAAACAGAGGAACCGACGUUUCGACGAAGCAGGAGCUCUCAGUCUUCCACUAUGGAAACUGGAGGUCUGGGAAGAAUCGUCCCCCACGCACCUGUUACCUCACAGUCCUGGAACCGAUCACACUCUGUGCAAACACAGGCUAAAGAUAACCACAACCCCAGUUCUAAUCCGAGCCUCAGCCCGGCCUCUUGGAGACGGCAGCCACCCAGCAGCGAACCACAACACCUGGGGAGCUCUUAUGACCGGCUGACCAAGACAGCGGGAGCCUCCUCCAGAGGAGGGGAUCUGUGGUCCAGCCGAGGUCAAGGAACGGGAACCAGAGCCGAGGGGAGGAGCGGAGCGGGAAGCAGACCAUGGAGCUACCGUCAAUCUGAGCAUCAUUAGAUGACAUGCAGUAUAACCAGAAAUAGCACUCUGUUCAACUCAACAUCUCAAGCAGGGCCAAACACUCGUCUUCCAUCAACUAAAGGCUACAAUAGAAAACCACCAUCUGCAGCUUUGUCCUACAAAUAAAGCAAAUCAAGUAAAAGUUGAGACCACAGACUCGACCCCGAAUGUGACUCUGAAGAGCCCCAAGCCUCUGCAGCCUCAGUCGGAGGUUUCCUCUUCUGCUUCCUGUUGGAUGUAUCAUAAUGUAACCCCCCAAACCUGACAAGGGAGAGGCUGACUUGCUGGGGAGGCCUGAGGAUUUUCCUGCAUGCCAGAGAGGUUUUAAAGAGUUCAUGAACAGAGGACUAAUGAGGGUUAGAAUGAUUUUUUUUUUUUUGUUCAGUUUUUUCCACAGAAACAUUACGAUAACCUAAGUGGGGGUGAAUUUUGGAGCAUUUGCUUCAGGAUCUUCACAUUUCCUCAUCACUGAAAGAGGAAAGUCUCUUUCUUCAGUCAGCAGCGGUGCAGUUUGUGUCAUUCAUCUCUGCUUCACAAGGCUGGGUCAUCAUGUAGUACCAAACAUCUUUUUAUUUUAAAUGUGACCAAAAACAGGAAGCGAAUUACCCUUUUUUUAAUUUAAUUUUUUCUUAACUCUUAAUAUUACCAUUUAACAUAAUAGUUCAAAAGAUGGCUCACGUUUCUCUGUUCGCAUAAAUACAAACAACCCAUGCUCCUACUAUCUGGCAUGUUGUGACCUUCAAAAGUGAGCUCCAUUAGAGCUGCGACAUGCUUUUUGCAUGUUUUUAACUAAUAUAUGAAAAGUGCUUGAAA